AUGGAGUGUGUGACAUCCACCGCACCAGCGGUGCCGGUACCGCCGGCGGUACCGCUGCUGGGGGUGGCAUGCUUGGCGGCACCGCUGCAGCAGGGUGCCAUCGGCGCUUUGGGUUCCGUGCCGGGCACAGUCUGCGCGCAUCCCUUGGAUGUGCUCAAGAUCCGUUUGCAAACCACCACAAGAAGUGGUUCACUGCCGGAUGCUGCGCGAAGUCUCUUCAGAGAGAGAGGUUUUCGCGGAUUUUAUCAAGGUUUGUUGCCAGCUUUGGAGCAGCGCUUCUUAUCCCGAGGACCUAUGUUCUUGGUAUCAGAGGUGAGUACUGACCUGGUCGCGCAGCAUUUCUCGUGCAGCGAGUUGCAAGCGCGACUGGCGGGAUCAGCGUUGAGUGGGUACUUUGUAGGCUUCCUGCAAGCCCUCUCGGAGUACCGGAAAAAACUGCUCAGUCAAGGGGUGAUUUCAGCCUCGCGCGCUCGUCCUGGUAGCUUGUGCGCUGACGCGUGGAACGCGGGGCUGUUUCGCAGUGGCCUGCUGCGGCGCAUGCACGCGGCGGCAGUUUGCUGCUCAGUCUUUGACAGCAGUUUCUUUUGCACGCGCGAUUUCCUUUCGCACACCUUGCCGCCACCGUUGGCCUAUGGCAUAGCAGCAGCGACGGCAGUGGUGAUGGCGUAUCCGCUGGACACAGCUGUGUCAAGGAUGCUUAUCUUGCCGCCACACAAACCUGUGGCUUGCAUGAGACACUACAUCUUCCUGGACGCAAGGGGAUUUCGAGGUUUACCCGCUCGAUCAGGCGAGUUUUUUAUAUCGUACGCCGUGACGGGACUUGUGGACAUGGUCUUCCGGCUGCGGACCUGUUUUGAGCCCAGCGCCGCACAGUAUUUUCCCAGUCCCAAAGAGUGGGACCUGAAGCGCCCACGCGGCCCCGAGGUCCCUCAGGCUCCCGAGGGCCUCGAUGCCGCUGAAGCUGAGCAGUGCCAAGGUUGGACGCCCGACCUCGCAGCCUUGGGACCCUUGGGAGGUUCACUCCCAAAACUUGCAAUUGAACCAGCGCGCAUGUGUAAUGGGCUUCGAGGGCGCCCUGCAACACGGCCGGGCUGGUCGGUGCAGUUGCGCUGGCUGCCGGAGGAGCGGUGCGGCACUGCCGGCGAGGUCGAGCAUACCUGCGCAGAGCGGCGCAACAUGAGAGACGUGGUUCUGAUCGGCAGCGGCCUUGGAAGUCUCAGCUGCGCCGCGGUGCUGGCGGCGGCAAAGCGCCGGGUCACGGUCUGCGAGUCCCACUACAGGUUGGGUGGAGCCUGCCACACCUUUACAGCCAAAGUUGCUGAUGUGGGAGAGUUCCACUUCGAGUCGGGGCCUUCACUCUACAGCGGUUUGAGUUUAGAAGAGAGCCCCUCGCAGCUGAAGCACGUCUUUCAGAUCAUUGGCAAAGAACCGGAAUGGAUCACCUACGACCGUUGGAACGCCUUUUUGCCCGAGGGCGAAGUGAAUGUGGCGGUGGGGUACCAGCAGGUCGUCCAGAAGCUGCUGCCCAACUAUGGAGGUGCGGAUGCGGUGCAGCAGUGGCAGAAACUCAUGUCCGAACUGCGGCCCAUGUCGGAUGCGCUUUACAACGCACCUCCCUUCGGUGCUCUGCGGGAUGACUCCUGGGGCGCUGUCACCAUGGGACGAUUCGCCAGGCGAUUGGGGCCUCUCCUUUUUGGGAUCCCAGGAGGUGCAGCGCGGCUAAGCCAACCCUUUGAGGAGUUUCUCACCGAAGUGGGCGUCACUGACACCUUCGUCAAGAACUACUUGAGUCUCUUCAGCUUCCUUCUGCAGGGUUUGCCGAGUUACGGCUCUCCAACCUCCAUGAUGGCCUACAUGAUGGCAGACUUGUACCGCAAAGGCGGCACAUGCCUCUCGGCUUCUCCUGGCUUGCCGUGCAACGAAAAAAAGCACACCCUGUUGAUUGAGGAUUACAUCUCAGGCUUGGACUAUCCCAAGGGUGGUUCGGAAGCCAUCGUGCAGGCGCUGAUCGAUGGGAUCGAGGACAAGAGCCCAGAUGCCAAGAUUUGGACGCAGGCGCACGUGGCGCAGAUCUUGGUGAAGGGUCGUGCCUGUGGGGUUCGGCUCAAAGAUGGUACCGAGAUCCGGGCCAAAGAGGCCGUGGUCAGCGGCACCGACGUAGGCAUCACCCGGCAGCUGCUGCCGUCGGACAAAGGCACUUCGGAGCUGCGCGAGGCGCACAAAUUUUUCGAGGAGCAAUGGGCGGACCUGGAGCCAUUGAACUCCUUCAUCCACAUCCACCUGGGUUUCCGGGGGGAGGGCCUUCCCACCGAACACUGCCCGGACUUCCCGGCGCAGUGGGGCGUGGUGAACGACUGGGCGGAUCUGGAGCAAGCCAGGAAUGUGGUGCUGGUCAGCGUGCCAUCCUUGUUGGACCCAGACUUCGCGCCGAAGGGCUAUCACAGCCUCCACGCCUACACCCCCGCAACGGAACGCUGGGCCGACUGGGAGCACCUGGACCGGCGCAGUGCUGAGUACAAGGAGAAGAAGAAGGAAGCCGCGGACUUUUUGUAUUCGGCCAUUGAGCGCCAGGCCUCAAGACACAGAGCUGGAUAUUGCCUGAGCUGA